GUCCACUUUGAUCAGUUUAAAGAUGCACUAAUCCUCAUCUUGUCUAGCACAUUAAGAAAUGAAGAGUCCUUCCAGCAACCAGAUUCUUCACCAGAAGCCCAGCCCAAAUACAUCAAAGAUGGAAAGCGCUAUGGGAGGCGGUCUUUACCAGAGUUUCAGAAAUCUGUGGAGGAAUUUGCAGAGGUGACAGUGAUUGAGCCUUUGAACAAGGACGCCCGCUCAUCCCAUCUCUCUAACAAUGACUGUGAUGAGCAUUGGCAAUCCCAGGACAGUGAAGAAUAUGAAGCUGAAGGCCAGUUGAGGUUCUGGAAUCCUGAUGACUUGAAUGCAUCCCCAAACAUCUUCCCCUCUCAGGACUGGAUAGAAGAGAAGUUGCAUGAGAUUUGCAAGAAUCUUGGAAUCUCCCGAGAUGGUCACUUGAACAGAAAGAAGCUCUUCUCCAUUUGUGAGCAGUUUGGUUUGCAGAAUAUUGACACCCAGAUGCUGGAAGAAGUAUUUCGCAAUCUCGACCACAACAAUGAUACAAUGAGCAUCGAAGACUUUUUCUACGGGUUGUUUAAAAUUGGGAAGCCUCUCCCACCUUCUGCCUCAACUCCAUACAGGCAAUUGAAACGGCAUCUUUCUAUGCAGGCCUUUGAUGAAAGCGGGAGACGUACCACCCCUCCAUCAGCAAUGACAAGUACAAUCAGCUUCCGUGUAUUUUCCAGCCUGGAUGAUGGAAUGGGUUACGCUGCUGUGGAACGAAUUCUUGAUGCUUGGCAAGAACACGGCAUAGAGAAUAGUCAGGAGAUCUUGAAGGCUUUAGAUUUCAGUUUGGAUGGAAAAAUAAACCUGGCUGAACUCACUUUUGCCCUGGAAAAUGAGCUUCUCAUAGCCAAGAAUGGGAUAUAUCAAGCAGCACUGGCUGCUUUCAAAAUGGAGAUUCGGCAUUUGAUGGAACGGGCUGAUCUUGUUCUAAGGGAAAAGGAGAAACUGCGUCUGGAUUUGGAGAAAGUAGAGAAACGAGCAUCACUAAUGGCCACUGAAGUGGAUGACCAUCAUGCUGCCAUCGAACGCCAAAAUGAAUAUAAUCUGAGCAAGCUGGAUGAGGAGUACAAGGAACGUGUUGCAGCUCUCAAAACAGAGCUUCAGAAGGAUUGCGAGCGGAUACAGCAGCAGGCCAGCAAGCAACAAGCAGAAUUGGAGCAGGAGAUAGAGAAGAUGAAAACCGAAGAGAAUUAUCUCCAGGACCGCCUUGCUUUGACCUUGAAGGAAAAUAGUCGCUUAGAGCAUGAGCUCCUGGAAACUGGAGAGAAGUUGGUGAAGUAUGAAAGCAUGAUGAGCAAAUUGCAGAAUAAUUGGGAAAACGUCUUAGCAGAAAAGUUUGGAGACCUAGAUCCUGGCAGUGCAGAGUUCUUCCUCCAGGAGGAGCGGCUGAUUCAGAUGAAGAACAAAUAUGAACAGCAGUGCAGGGAACUUCAAGAUCACAUAGAUGAGCUUCAGUCUCAGCUGGAAGAAUACCAGCUACAAGGCAGAGUUAUCCGACCUUCACUGCAAAACUCUCUCUAUGAAGAACUAAAUGAUGGUGGAGUGCAAUGUAGUCAAGAACCUGCUUCUGAGGACUGCAACCCUCUAAACAUGAGCAUAGAAGCUGAAAUCAUGAUUGAACGACUGAAGGAUCAGCUUCACCAGGAUGUCUACAACUUGCAGCAGGAGCUUGAAAACACAGUAUGUCAUUACGAGAAGCAUCUUGAGGAGACCAAGGCCAACUGUGAGAAGGGACAAGAGAACCUCCAGCAGAAGUACUGUCAGGAGAGACAAGUGUUAGAAGAGCAAAUUGAAUGUCUGCAAGCCCAAGUUUCUGAGCUUCAGGGACAACUGGCAAGAUUAAGUCAGGGCAGCUCCCAGCAGAGUGUGGAAGAGAACAGUCUCCAGAUAUGCAUGGAUGAGAAGACUAGCCUUAUGGAAUGCCUGAAGAUCAGUCAUGAGAGGGAGCUCCAAGCCAGACUGAAAGAGGCAGAAGAUAAUUUUAGUCACGAGAAGGAAGAGUUGAUUCAGUCUAAAGCUUGGUUGGAAGAAAGAAUGAGAACUUUAGCACAGACCAUCCAAGAAGAAAAAAUGGAGUUAGAAAAUGGGUUCCAUGAGAAGUUGCAAAAACUGAUGGAGAAGCAUGCCCUGGAGAUGGAUCAGCUCCAACAAGAGCUACUAAGAGUGCAUCAGCAAGAGCUCCAGGAACAAAAGAUAAAAAUGGAAAAUGAGUAUAAUGGAAGAAUAUUUCAAAGAGAGGAAUGUUUCACCAUUGAACAAGAAGCACUUGCAAGGAAGUAUGAAGAAACCAUAGACAAACUUGAGGAUCAGCACCAACAAGAAUUGUUUAAGCUCUCUAGGCUGCAGUUUGAUGAGAAAUCCCAGUGGGAAUCUGAAAAAAAUGAAAUUCUCCAGGAAGGUGUUGAGGUCCAAGAGAAAUGGAAAGAAAAGCUGGAGAAAGAGAAGGCAAUCUCUUCAUUACUGGCACAAGACAAGAAACUUCUAGAGAUGAAUUACAAGGAGCAUGUGAACUUAUUGAUCUUGGAGAAAAAGCAACUUCAACAGGAGGUACAGGAUAUGAAAAAACAAGAAAAUGAGUUGUGUGAGAAACUUUGGAAGAUUCAAUCCAGCCAUGAGAUGGAACUAAAGAAAAGAGAAGAAGAAAUGUCAACAUUACAGGAAGAACGAAAGCAGCUUAGUCAAAAGCUUGGAAGACUAGAAACAGAAUUUGCAUGUGAACAAGAACAGAAUUCUACGGUGAUCACUUUGGAGUAUUUGAAGCAAGAGAUGCUCGGCAGAACAAUGGAAGAAAAAAAUGAGUUGAAGUCAAAUGUCUCAGUGCUUGAAGAUAAAAUAGAAGAUCCACAGCAAGAACUGCAAUGUCAGCCCAAACUGCAAAGCAACCUUGUUUCUUUGAACAAGGAUGAAGAAGCAAAAAGAAGUGAUUUUCUAGGACCUGCCAAGUCCCAGGAACCUGGAAAGGAGACAGAUGUUCUUUCAAAACAAGAAAUAGUCCAAGAGCCAGAAGAAGAAAACAAUGUAGAAACUACCUUUCUGAUGGAUGAAUCUCUGAAAGAACUAGACAGAGAAUCAACCAAAUCCCCUGGAUUCAUCCCAUUAGUUCCAGAAAUGUUUGUGGAUGCUCAGCUCCUAAACAUGACUGACAAAGACAGCAGUCAAGAUGUAACAGAAGAUGGAAUGAAAAAACUAGACAAGAUUGCAAUUCCAAUCAUGAAAAAUGGAGGGACAACAACCGAAGAAAUGAUGGAGACUUCACAUGUCUUGCAGAAAGCCUAUGAAGAAAUUUUGGCAGAGAAUGAAGCCCUUAAACUGCGACAGAAUCAGCUUCUGGAGAGGAUCAUUCUGCUAGAGGCUGAAUGCAAUCAAGCAGCUCAUGAUCGACAAGACAUGGCUUCACAGGUUCAGAAGGAGCUUGAGGAAAUCCUUAAAACUAUUCCCCAGCCUAAUGUGUUACCAUAUGGAAGUGAUGAGAAGGAGGGAAGUUUCCAGUGGGAAACAACUGACACUGGAAAAUUGCCUACUGAUUGUGCAACAAAAAAACAAAUGCUCUUCGCUGAAGCUUUGGAUGCUGAUUUAGGUGUUGAGGAGAUGAGUGCCUAUUCUCUUAUAUUUGAGGCAGACCAUGGAGAAGAAGUUAGAAUUAACAAGGGAGACCUGCAUGAUGUAGUCUCAGAAUUUUGGGAUAUGGAUAUAGAGAAAGAUGCAGACUCCAGAAUAGGGCCUAAAUUUCUCCAAUUUCCAGAAGAACUCAAGCUGGAAAACCAAGCCCUAAAAACAGAGAUAAUCAAAUUGCUAGAACGGAACAAUAAACUGGAGGGAUACCUGCCAAUAUUGAUAGGCCUGCAGUCCAGACUGGAUGAGAUCAACCAAGACUGCUUAACACUUAAGGAGGAAAAAGGGCAACUGCUGGAGAAAGUGAAAGACUUGGAAAAGAAACAGGACCAGUUGAUGAUGGAUAAUGCCAACCUGCAGACUUCCAAGCUGAUUUUGCAGAGCCAGCUUGGCAAACCAGAUUUGCUCAUGCUGAAUUUGCAACCCCAGAAGAGUGGACGGCUGGGCCGCUGUGAUAAUGUUACCAAGGAUGCAGAGGUGGAGAAGAAAGGGCUUCAUGAGCUGAACAGGAAGCUCAAAGAGAAAAUAGCAGUGCUUCUGAAGCAGAAAGGCACCCAUACUCAGGAGAAAGAUAGUUUGAAUGCUGCCCUUCAUGGUUUGCAGAGCACCUACAAUGAGCAGCUUCAGAAGAUUGAGCUUUUGAGAUAUGAGGUGGAGCAUCUCAGAGAGGAGAAUACUGCCUUGAAGAAUGAGAUUGCCUUAUUAAAUGAGAAAGGAAACAUUUCCAACAUGCGACUGAGGGAGCUUAAUGGGUCUCGUGAAGAGCUCUGGCAAAAAACAGAGACAGUACUGAAGGAGAAAAUGGCGGUGCAGAAGAUGGCUGAAAGCUUGAAGAAGCAGGUAUCUGAACUGAAAGCCAGGAAUCAACAGCUAGAAUUGGAAAAUGCUGAACUUGGCCAUCGAAACUCUCCAAACCCAGCAGAUGUGCAAGAUUGUAACCAGCAGUUUAUGAAAGCAUUUCGGCAAAAGGAAAAGGAGGCAAGGAAAUAUAUGUCAGAAGAAUGGGAAAGAGAGAAUUCCCAGCUCAAAGAAGAAUUGGAGAAUUCUAAAAUGCAGUCCUCAUCACUGGUCUCAUCCCUGGAAACAGAGCUGGCUCAGCUCAGAAUUAAGGCUCAUGCUCUGGAGCAGGAGAACCGUUUCCUCAAGGAAGAACUGGAGAAUGUAAAACAGGUACCCAGUUGCCUGGAUCUCUCUGAGCUGGAGAAUGAGAUUUCCAGUGUUGUCGUUAAAAAUGAGAAGCUACUGAGAGAGAAGGAAGCCCUCAGUGAAGAGCUGAACCGGUGCAUAGAGAAGGCAGCUAAAGUGGCCUUCCUAGAGAGCCUCACUGCUUCCUUGAAACAGGAGAAAUCAUCUUUGGAGCACCAGAAUCAGCGUCUGAAAGCACAAAUGGCAGCGUCACAAGACAAGAUUCAGAGUUUCGAUGAUGUUGUGCAAAAUGUCAGCCUUCAGGUAUCCAGGCUCAAAUCGGACCUAAGGGUCACCCAGCAGGAAAAGGAGAAUCUGAAACAGGAAGUGAUGUCGUUGAAUAAGCAACUGCAAAUGGCCAAUGAGAAGAGUCAGUUCCUGGAAGUAGCUGUGCAUUCAUCAGGGCUACAGAACCAACAGAAGAAGCUUUGUUGGGAUGAACUGGAUCAGCUGGUCAAGCAGGAGCAGCAGCUUCUGAGGCAGGAGAAUGAGCGGCUCCAGAGGGAAUUCCAGGGUGCCAAAUCAGAGCUAGCUCAUUCUAGGGAAAAGAUAUGGCAGCUGGAAUCGACUGUUCUGACCAUGAAGCAACAAAAACACCAAAGCCAGUUAGGGAUUGUGAAAGUCAUUGAGCAAGAGAAGCUGAAUGUGAAGGAAUGUGAGCGGCUGCAGAAGGAGCUCGCUUUGGCCAGCAAGAAGAUCAGCCAGAUGAAUUCUCUGGGGCAGGAGUUGGAAACCAUCAAAAUGGAAAAUGAAGGCCUCUGGAAAAAACAGGUCACAUUGGAUGAGCAGGUGAUGGAGCUGCUUCACUCAAACUCCAGCAUGAUGCUUAGCCCGCCCCAGCAUCCUCGCGAACUGCAGGAGAUCCAGCAGCAAGGAUGCCCUGUUGUCCCAUCCGAACAGUACCAGCAGCUCCAGCACCAGUUCCUACAGGCCGAGAGGAGGUGUCAACGCCUGCAGGAGGAGCUUGAGAACCGGCCCUUGGAAACAAACAUGCCCCAGGGUGGAUGUGAGCAGCUACUACAGACUAUGGAGAAACGCAUGAUGGAUGUUGAGCAACAACUGAGGCUUGUGAAACAGCUUCUCCAAGAUAAAGUCAAUCAGCUAAAAGAACAGCUUGUAAAGAACACAAAAGCUGAUGAGAUGGUGAAGGAUCUCUAUGUUGAGAAUGCUCAGCUGCUAAAAGCUCUGGAGAUGACAGAACGGAGGCAGAAGAUGGAAGAGAAGAAGAACUACCUGCUAGAAGAAAAAAUAGCCAAUCUUGGCAGGAUAGUCAAGAAUCUGACCUCCAACGUAGGGUCAGCAGCUCAGCUAUGAUCUUAGGGCCUUUCUCCAUUUGCAUUUAAGUAUGAUGCAAACAUGCCUUGGCAAUUUAUUUCCUGCCGUGUUGCAAGGCAUUGCCUCCAUCUCAUCCCCAGCCUAGGAGUGAAACAACGUUAAGUCAUGCUUAGCUGUACCAGUGUUAAAGUAGUAUUUCCCUGCUUAUUUUGACAUUAGGUGCAGCUCAACACGUAUACAAUCUGCUAGACUUUACUGUAUUACCUUUAGGGGAAAGUCAGAUGACAAAAAUGACUUGAAACAAAGGCAAUAGAGGUUGGAUAAGGAUGGGCAACUGGGAUAGCAAAUUUCAUGCUGGUAUAGUUUUCUGCAGGCCCCAAAAUGGGUGGAUAGCACUUCAGGAGUGGGGAAAGACCCCUAACCUAACUGCCUAUUUAUGCAGAACUAAUGCACUUUAUUGAAAGGUGAAUAUUUCAUCUGUUUUAAUGCUGCAUUUUGAUAGUUGUGCCUUCGGGGCUAUUUGUUCUGUGCUCAAAAGAAAUAUCAAUACUACUCUCAUAUGCACAAAGUUAAUUUGUGUAUAGAAACACACCAAGCAUAAGUCCCGAGUGAAGUGCCUUAUUUUAUAUUCUUUGGUUUGCAUGGUGGAAAAUUGCAAAUUGGAUAAAUGCUUGGAAUGGUAUGAUGGGGGCACAGUGGCACCAGAGAUUUCAUUUGUUAUCCAUCCACUGUACUACUGAUUCACUUUCCAUGAGCCCUCUAUCUAGUCUCCUGAAUGCCCAGGGCAGAGUGUGAUUGACAGCCCUUCUCUGAAUCUUCCACAUUCUGCUGAAGUUUCAGAGACAGUUCUACUGUGAACACACUUUGGAGGAAACUCAGAAAAGUGCACAUCCUCCCAGUUUUCCCAGAUUCAUUCAAAGGAACAAUGGUAGCACAAAUAUCAUCUUUAUGCCAGGUUCUAGGAUAGUUAGACCUAGGAACUCUCUGGCCUUUCCAGCUGACAAAUACGAGGGGAGAAAGGUUAAGAAAGUAGAUGAAAGUCAGAAAUGGAGAGGAAAAUUCAAAAGAGCAUCAGGGAAAGGGUUAGUAAAAUAAAGAAGCAGACUGACUCUUAAGGGAAUCCACAGCUAGAUCUCUUCAUCCCAAAAUUGCCUCACCCUCAAGAUAACUGUCUUAAAGCCAGUGAGACCGAAAAAGGAUAAGCAUAUGGAAAAGUUGUGACAUAAGGUUGUAUGGCAUGGAGAGCGAUGAGAAAGCAAAGAACUGCACAGUUCCAAGAUUCUGAUGCUAUCUGACACCAGUGGUUUCUACUGCCAGCAUCCACACUGCUGUGUUAACGUCCUGAUUUGGAGGACAAGCUAUUAGUUGGUGGUAGAACACAUUCUUUGCAUGCAGAACAUUCCUCUCAAGAAUCUUAAAUUCCAAUAGUCAGUAUUUCACAGCUACAAACCCUCAUAUGAUUAUUACAGCUUACAAAUAUCAUGGCUGAGAAGUAACUGUCCCUCACGUACAGAGCUUUAAUUCUGAGAGAUCUGAUGGUUUUUAUUUGUAUUUUUACUAACAUUCUCAGGAAUCCAAAUUCCACAUACAUACUUUUGAAGAAAGUGGAUUGCAUUCUUAAAAAGAGUGCUCUAGUUUGAAACUAGAAGUGACUAGUAAUGAAUUUUAGACUGCCAAAUUACUUGGCUGAUCUGUUUUAACUUUCAUGGCUUUAUUUUAAACAUCAAUUUUACAUUUGA